AUGAUCCCGCAUACGAAGUUGUGGAUUAUUCUGACAUUCGUUUCUCGGUUUGCGUACGGAAUCGCCCAUGAAGGUGUAAAAACCAAAAGAUUGGAAGCAGUGAAAGAGGGAAAUAUUUUCUUCGAGGAGCAUAACUGCGAAAGCCGGGAUAAAUUUGCAAUCAUAGUGCACGGAUGGAACGAGACAUGCAGCACGGAGUGGGUUCUGGAUAUGGUGUCAAACUUAACUCAUCACCGAGGAGGAUGCAUUGUGUGCAUGGAUUACGACGGAAUUUAUUCGGUUACAAGUGACUAUUUCACCAAACUAAUGCCGCGCUUUCAGACAAUUGUGGACGCUUUGGUAGGGAAGCUUUUUGAAUUGGAAGCAAAAGGAUUUAAUCCGGAAAAGGGUUUCCUAUUCGGAUUUAGUUUUGGAGCACGAAUCGCACUGCAAGCCGGCCAAAUGUUUGGGCACGGAAAACUUGGCCGCAUAGAUGCUUGUGAGCCGGCCGGUCCAGGUUUUGAUGCUGACCCGGCGGUCAUCAAACGAAAUCCACAACUGGCGGCCCGCAACGUUCAGUGCAUUCACACCAGCAGUCUCUAUGGGACUUUUCGCCGGGAGUGUCAUCAGGACUGGAACAUGGGCAACUGCGGUCGCGACCAGCCAGCUGCUGGACCGUAUCCUAAGGGUUCUCACGGCUUGUGUCCUUACUUCUAUAACAGUGCUUUUGCCAACCAAUUUCGUCCCAUUCCGAAGCCACCCGCGUGCCUUUCGUUCCGAGCUGUUGCUGACUGGCCAACGGGUUUUCGAAUGGGUUACUUCAGCGAUGUGGAGAGCAACAUCAUCGGAGAUUUGUUUGCCCCAACGACAAACGAGUACCCGUACAAUGAAAUUACGGAUGCAAAUGAGCUCUGA